AAAGUAAUAACUUUCAAGACUGAUAUAGGUAUUAGCAGCAUAUGUAAUUAUAUUUACAUUACUGUACUGUAUUUGCAAAGAAAAGGGCUUUCUUACUGGACACAUAAGAACGAGUCUCUAAUAAAAAGGCUCAAUAGUUUAGAUAUUUCAAAUAAGUGAAUAACACUAACUCACAAUCUCUUGUUUGGUCUUUAGUUACAUGAUAAAAUGAUUAGGAUAUUAAGCAGUUUUCAUCACUGAUAAUAAGAAAUGUUUCUCACUUUAACUGCUCAGUCUUAUAGGACAGAGUCAAUAAUUUGAAAAGAAACUGAACCCUUAAGUCAAGCCAGCAACAAUCUCUUGGGCUUGCCAUAUUUGUCCGUUAUUUAAACAAAACUAUUGCCAAAAUUACUGGAUUGAAUUCACCUCAUUCCAAGGCGUGCAAAUCCUAUUUCGGAUCAGGAAUGAAAAUUGACACCAUAGCACCCCAUAUACCUCCUCUCUUGUACUUUCACCAGCUCUCACUUUCCUAAACCUGAUGUUCAGGCUAAAGUUAGCAUAGACAGGCUGGUAUAUAAGACCCCAGAGGGGAACUACGAAGAUGUCAGUCACAUCAGUGUGGUGUAUACUUUCCAUCUUUUGACCAACUGCCGAAACUCUCAGAGAUGGCACCCAAGAAGGCAAAGAGGAGGCAGCAGGCAGAGGGUGGCAGUUCUAAUGUCUUCUCCAUGUUUGAACAGAGUCAGAUCCAGGAGUACAAGGAGGCUUUCACAAUCAUCGACCAGAACAGGGAUGGUAUUAUCAGCAAGGAUGAUCUGAGAGAUGUGCUGGCCUCCAUGGGUCAACUAAAUGUGAAAAACGAGGAGCUGGAAGCUAUGGUCAAAGAGGCCAGUGGCCCCAUCAACUUCACUGUCUUCCUCACCAUGUUUGGUGAGAAGUUGAAGGGUGCUGAUCCUGAGGAUGUUAUCUUGAGUGCUUUCAAAGUCCUGGACCCUGAGGCUACAGGCACCAUCAAGAAGGAAUUCCUUGAGGAACUCCUGACCACCCAGUGUGACAGGUUUACUGCUGAGGAGAUGAAAAAUCUUUGGGCUGCCUUUCCCCCAGAUGUGGCUGGCAAUGUAGACUACAAGAACAUCUGCUAUGUCAUCACACAUGGAGAGGAGAAAGAGGAAGAAUAAUCUCAGUCCAUCAACCAUCUAUCUUCCUUCUCUCAUUACGACAUCUUUUUUUUUUUUUUUUUCAGCGUCCCCAUGGUCUAUUUGUCCUCUCAAACAAAGACAUGUCUAAACAGGUCUGUUAGAAUUUGGGAUGUCUGAAUGUGAUUCACAUGGAACAAAUGUGAUUAUUUUCAAUAAAAUCAUCUAAAAUCACAAAA